ACAGUGCGCGCGUAACAAAAGUGUGAUUUCAGGUGUUGAAGUGUCCAGACGUUAUCCAGCAAUUUUCGUAAAUUGCCUUCGAAUUCAGGGAGAUUCCAGUACAGGAGACCCCGAAUUCAAGGAUUUGAAGUCCUUUACCCUUUCUAUACUGAUAUUGGAGAUUGAACAGUUGAUUAUCAGUAUUAUUUAAGACGACUUAAUGGAUAAGAAGAAACUUGAUUUCUACUUUUCUCUCCUUGAAUCCAGUAUUCUUUGUUACCAGCACUCUAUCACUGGACUGAUACCAUCUUCACCGAACAGUACACAUGCAUGGGUGAGGGAUAAUACAUAUGCUUCACUCUCAAUAUGGGGUCUUUCUCUAGCCUACAGAAAAUUACCAGAUGUAGAUGAAGAUCGUUGUCGUAGUUAUGAAUUAGAAAAGUGUGUGGUAAAAUUGAUGCGUGGAAUACUUAUCUGUUAUAUGAGACAGUCAGAAAAAGUGGAAAUGCUAAAAAAGACUCAAGAUCCUUUACACUCUUUACAUGCAAAGUAUGAUAGUACUUCGUACAAGACAGUUGUUGGUGAUCGUGAAUGGGGUCAUUUACAAAUUGAUGCAAUAUCCGUCUUUCUUCUAAUUCUUGCUCAAAUGACAGCUGCUGGCUUACGGAUUAUAUGGACACUUGAAGAGGUUGCCUUUAUUCAGAAUUUAGUUUUCUGCAUUGAACAUGCAUAUCGUAUACCUGAUUAUGGAAUUUGGGAACGUGGAGAUAAAACUAAUCAUGGACUUCCAGAACUUAAUACAACAUCUGUUGGAAUGGCUAAAGCAGCUUUAGAAGCUCUUACAGAUUUGGAUUUAUUUGGUGCAGAUGGAAGUUAUCUAUCAACAAUUCAUGUUUCACUUGAUGAUUGUGAACAAUGUAAUAUAGCCAUUAAAAGUAUGCUUCCACGAGAAUCUAAUUCUAAAGAAACGGAUGCUGGAUUAAUAAGUAUACUAACAUAUCCUGGAUUUUCUGUUACAAAUGAUGAAUUAAUUGAAAGUACACGUAGUGCAAUUAUUCGGAAACUUCUUGGCAGGUAUGGUUGUCGACGAUUUCUACGUGAUGGAUUUCGUACUGCUAGAGAAGAUGUGAAUCGUUUAUACUACGAACCUUGGGAGCUACGUAUGUUUGAUGGGAUUGAAUGUGAAUGGCCGAUGUUUUUUGCCUGGCUUGUGAUUGAUGCAAGUUUUCGUGAAGAUUUUGACGAUGCAGACCGUUAUAUGCAAAUGCUUCAAGAAGUUGUUAUUCCAGAGUCAUCUCAUUCACAAAUAACCUUCAACAAUAGUAGAAAUGCAAGUCGUAGAGCAAGUGAAAUAGCCCCUCAAAUGCCAAGUAGAACAUGUUAUUUUAUGCCAGAAUCUUAUUCCUUGCCGAUACAAUCGAUUGAUGCAGAGAUUGCUCAUCCACAUACACAAACACGUAUGCCAGUUGGAGCACUACCACAUAUAUGGGGUCAAUCAUUAUACAUAUUGGCAAGUAUUAUAUACGAAGGUUUACUGUUACCUGGUGAAAUAGAUCCACUUGGAAGACGCAUGGUUACUGAGCCAAAACCUGAUUUAUCUGUACAAGUUGUACUUGUAGCCGAAGAUAAUGAUAUUAAAAAUCAACUGAUGGAAUAUCAAGUUGAUGUUCAAACAUUUGAAGAAAUUUACAAUGAAGCUGGUAUCAAUAUAUAUCCUGCUAAGAUUCUUGGUCAACUAUACAAACAUUUAGGUGCUUGCGAAAAGCUUUCUUUAAGUGGACGUUCAACUGGUGAAGUUGGCAUAUUUUCAACCAGUCAAUUUUAUCGAUUAGGCGAUGAAACAUUAGCUUUCUUACCCCAGUUCUUUGAUCAUCAAGCAUUCUAUUUAAAUUUAGACAUAGAAUUUCUGUUGGAUUGUUUUCGAACGUGUAUAGGCUAUUUAAAGCAUGCAUGGAGUAGUCCUGGACGUCCAUUACUCUUAUUUCCAAUAUAUCGUCGAUACUAUCGUUCAGGUCAUACGAAUAUACCACCUCCAUUAUCUGCAGCAAUUAAGAAAAUGGCUACAGGUUAUAUGAAUGCCACACGUGUCACACUUGGUACUCUUAAAGAUUUUGAAGAAACUUCAUGUUUGCGCCAAAUUAACUUCAGUGAAUCAGCCCAAGCUUUACUUCAGCGUUCAACAGCAUUGAUUGCUUGUAAAUCUCCACGAUGUCGAUUAACACUGAAUGUACGUCCGGAUCAUUUAACUUCAUAUACUUUAAAUGAGAAUUCACCUUUUACUGUACAUACUAAUAUACAUGAUUAUCCAAGUCCAAUGUUUGCUAGUGGUUCAUCAUCAGUUAUAUCUGAACAAGAUAGUUUUGAAAGGCAUAGUAUGCGUCGUAAAUCGAUGGCUUUGGCACAUGCUGUCUCUUUGGAUUUAUUUAAUCGUGAUACAGUCGAAUGGACAAGUGAUAUUCAAGCAGACAAUAGUAAUUGGCCACCGGAUGUAGACGAUCCAACAGAUACACAAACAGAUGAUGAUGCUUCAAAUUAUCGUCUACUUCCAACACAAAAUGAAGAUAUAAAUUCAAAAGCAUCACGUUUAGCCUUGAAACGAAUUAUUAAUCCAGACAAUAAAUCGUCUGUUGUAUCAAUGUCACAUCAACAAUUAAAGCAAGAACAAGAACAAUCUCCAGUUCAUCGACAACAAUUAGAUAUUAAUACAAGUUAUACUUCUAGUAGUGGACAUCAACAACAACAACAACAACAACGUUCAAAAACAUCAGGUCAACUUAUAUCACCUGAUCAAAUUACACCAACAAAUAGUCCAAAUCAUUCAGGUACACAUAGUCGUCGUACAUCAGAUGGUAAAUCAAGUUUAUGUGGUAUGGAGUAUACACAUUGGUUGAAUUCAUUAACACCUGAACAAUUAGUGAAACGUUUAAGAUGUACAGAUAAUUUAGCUGAACAAGUUGAACUACUUGGUCGAUUGCAUCAAUUACGUGGAUUAGACUGGAAUACUGGUAUAGAUCCAACACAAUCAGCUACUGUUAGAUCAUUAUUAAAGGAGGUGUAUGAACGAGCUACUCAAACAACAUCAUGGUUUCUGCUUCGUUAUACAGCUGCUUUAUUAGGUAAACGUGCUGAUAGUUUAGCUAAGUCAUUAGCUGAUAUACUAGUAUUACAAAAACAAGUAACAGUUGGCCUACCACCGGAACCAAGAGAAAAAGUUAUUGAUGCUCCAUUAUCACCGGAUCAAUUGUAUGAAUUAAUACAAGUAGCCUGUGGAGAAGACAGUUUAAUGAUAAUACUCACACAAGAAAUUCUCAUUUAUCUAUCAAUGUUUGCACGUACACAACCACAAAAAAUGGCGAAUAUUUUACGUUUACGUAUUGGUUUAAUUAUACAAAUGAUGGCAGCUGAAUUAGCUCGUGGUAUGGGAUUAACUGUUGAAGAUUCAUUGUAUGCCUUAUUUUCAAUGCGUCCAAUUGAUACAAAACGUUUAUUACACAAUCUACUCAGUGGUGAAGAUGUACGUAUGAUUAAAACAAAUCGAAAUAAUGUUCGCAAAUCCACCCACCUGUCCCCUGUUAAAUCGGCUAAUACUACUAUCACAAGCCAAGAUACUAUGCAAGCUAAACUGGAUACAAUUUCAGGUUCUGUAAAGAAAAAAUCAGUCUCAAGUCGUCCAUAUAUAACCUCACGUAGACAGUCAAUAGCAGCUAAUGUUACAAUUGAAUUGGAAGAUGAUAAUUCACAGACAGAAUUACGCAAUUUAUGGAGUCGUCGACGUAAAAUUGAUGGUGCUUUAAAUCGUGUACCACCAGGUUUCUAUAAACGUGUAUAUACUAUACUGGGUCAUGUUCAAGGAUUAAGCAUCGGUGAUCAAGUGCUUAGUCAUAAUUUAACGAAAGAAAUGACAAUGGGUGAGCAUAAAUUUGCGUUAACUGUAGAACAUGUAUGCACAAUGGUUAGUACACCAGAAUAUCGUCAAUUAAUAAUUGAAGCAAUUCAUGUACUUGGUUCACUUAUGAUGCAUGAUAUUGACAAUUCAAUCUAUCUUGAUUGUAUUGUUAAAAUUGAAGAUGUUAUUGAAAAAGCAAAUCAUCUCUUUUUAAUUGAUCAGAUGAAAUUUGAUGCAAAUUCCACAUUAUGUUGUGCAAAAUCAAUGAAAGAAUCAGGAACUGUUGAUUCAUCAACAUUACCACCACGUAGACAAAGUCAUUUAAUGUGUCAUGGAAUGCAUAAUAUUUGUCAACAUUUUUAUGAUACACCACCAGCUGGUAAAUUUGGUACAAUGUCAUAUAUGGUACGAGCUGUAUCUCAAUUACUCACCUGUAAUAAAUGUUUAAGCUCAGAUAAACGUUUACCAAUCAGUUGUACUGUUCAAUAAUUUGACCUUGAAUUUGUUUUAUUGUAUCAAGGUCAAUUUAAUUUACACACACACACACACAUGUGCAGUAUUGUUUUCAUUUUACCCGCUAUUUUUGCUUGAUACCUGUCUCUGUUUCUCUGUAUACCCUUACGCCUGUGAUCUGCUGCUCAGUUCACCUUAGGGAAUAUGCUUUAUCUAGUCAACUAUCUGUUGUUGUUGUUGUUUUUAUAGAAAUGUACAAUAGAAUAUGAUCCAUACUUUCUUUUGUUUCAUAAUUCCUCAAUUAUGUGCUUCAUCACUGACUAAUGUAUCCUUGUAGUUAGUAUUAGCAGUAGUAGUUGUUAUUAUCCUCCGUACUUCAUUAACAUUCAAAGCAGAGGUGUCUUCUGUGCCAUUGUUGUUAACCUAUUUAUUAUUUUUACAAUAUAUUCAUUAUGAUCAAAAUGCAAAUAUACAACUAAAUAAAUGUGAAUGAAUUUUCAAAAAUCUCUCCCCCCUCUUCACACUUAGUAUACUGAAUUAUUAUUUUUGAAAUUAUGGAUUUCUUACUAAUUAGUACUAUGUAUGAUUAAUACUUUUGUUUCCACCUCAUUUUGCUACUCCACAACUCGUCAUACAUCAAUCAGUUUAGCAUGAAUCAUCUAUUCUAAUAUUUGACCAUAUUUCUGACUUUUUUUUUUUACUAUUUUCGCUUUGUCACUUUAGCCUGUCAGCAUUUUGCAUAUUUUUUUUUGUUUGAUCUGAAAUACUAUGGGAGUGAAAUUCUACAUUUAAAGGGGGGAAAAAAAUCUAAAAACAUUCGUUUCCUCAAAUAAUAAGCACAUACAAUCGUGUUACCACUGCAUGACCUUUAAGAUGGCCUUGAGCCUUAUGUUUCUGAUUGGCCUGUGCGGAUACAGACAAUGACUAAAAAUGACUGUUGCGAUCGGUAGAAAAUCUGAGUUGCAAUAGAAUUCAAUCUAUAAACUUUUGGAUUGUCUAUGUGAAGAAUAAGAAAUAUUGGAAUGAAUGAUUAUGAUAGGCUGUAUAUAUCUUCAACUUUUAAUCUGUUGUUGAUCAUCUUUUUAACGGCUCGUAAGUUCGCUGAUUUAAUUAAUCGCCGUGGCAACUAUCAGGAGUGAUUUGGUGGUCACAUCUUAUCAUAUUCGUAAAAUUUUGUACAAACAACAUUAAUGUAGAACCUCGAGCACAGGUAAAUCGGCUCAAUUUGGCACACUUCACAGUAGUAGACAAAGAUAGAUAAAGAUGUAUGGGAUGAGAAACAGUUUGAAUACAAAGGUUAGCGCAAAGAGAGAACAUAUCUGCGCUGUUGUGACCGACAGGCCUAAACCACUGAUUCCUUUCAUCGACUGAUGCCAGGUCUUAGUUUCGCAACCCAAUCUAGCAUGGUAUAUCGGGGUAGGUGAUGGCUGGGCAUGUGAAGUACAUGUUCAAACCAUCUCAGUUGACUAAGCUUCACAACCUCAUCAAUCGACUUGCCUAGUAUCCUUCGCCUGACUUCAACAUUGCUAACACGCUGACUCCAGCAAUGCUACGAAGACACUUGUGAUGAAAAUUCUAUAAACUUUAGACGACAUCAUAGAUGAGCAAGGAGGACUGUUCCUAUAACUCCUACCUAUACUUGUACAUUCAAGGGGUAAGUUGAAACAGAUAGCUUUCUUGAUAUAUUUAUAAACAACGUAGUGGAAGAAGAUUAUCAUGCAUUAGUGCUAUACAUUUCGAACAAUCUAAUCAUAUAUGAACUUGUCGAAUAAUUUAUAUGAGAGUUAGGGACUUAUAAGGAAAUCGAUUUUUCUCUUUAGGUUUGCCAAUAUUAAAAUGACAUAUAUGCAGAUGAAGAAUGUGAUAGUGAACGAAAAGGCAACAAAUAAGGAAGACAGGAGUGGCCGUUGCUUUACUGUGAAGGUCAAGGGGUGAAUAGCAUGUGAACAUGAUCUUCAUGGAUGCUCAGUCUUAAUGCGAUAGAUAUGUUGAGCAGGCGUUGAUGAACUACGCAUGGUAGUGUUUUUAGCACACGAUGUAUAAAAUUGAAAGUUUUAUUAGCAUCUUGUGAUGCUCUGUGUUUACUUGCUGCGCUAUGAUACAACUUUCACCACUUGCACUACAUCUUUUCCAAAUCAAGUCGGCAACUGUUCUCACAUCUGAAAAUCCGUCUGCCUGACGCUACUCCCCAUGUAAUUUGUUCCACAGGAAUAGUUAGAUUGGUUGGUAUAUGCGAGAUGAACAGCUAAGAUUAGGUAGGCUAUCCUUCAGUCUUCCAGUGAGCGUUGAUAGACUACUGAAGGAUAUACAAAGACGCCGAACAUUUAACGUUCUAUUUACUACUCUACUUAAGCAUUGUGAUAGAAUAUCAUUUGGAGUGUGUCUCUUGAACUGUAGACGCAGAAGGAGGAAAGGCUUCACCAUUCCUUAAUUCUCGUUUGGGAUUACCGUAAGCGAUGUUUGCUUUGAUGAACCUUUCGCGAUAUCCUUUUUCACGGAUAUCCACACCCAUGCAUCUAAAUCAACAUAAGACUAGGUAUUACUGCGUAACGGUCCGAGUUGCCACAGCUCAUAUCAGUUCAGUACAUCAAGUAAAAGGGCAGUGAAGAGUGAAAGGUGAAGAAAAGAAAAUUUAGUCAAAAGAAAUAUAAAGUACGAAAAGAGAGAGACGAAGAAUGAGAAAAUGAUGAAAUUCGGUAUAGCGUCGUUAAGAUGUCAGGAUAAUAUGUGUAUACAUCUGGACCACUGACAUCGGUUCUGAGCCAUGUCAUCACCUAGAGUCUUCAACCACUGGUUUCUCUUGUCCCACGGACCGCAACCGGCUAGUGUGCAUCGUCCCACAUGGCUCAAAUCAACAUUCAAACAAUUCAUUCAUUGAUGCAAUUUUUAGGUCUGGCCUCGAGUCUUUUUCUAGCCUGAACCUACUUUGGCCAACAUUGUAUGACGAGAUAGACGGUGGUUUGGCGUACGUAACACAUGCCCUAACCGUCUCAGUCGAUGAAGGUUCACAACGUGUCAGCUGACUUACCUCUUCUCCUUGAAACUGACUACUGCGUUACUCACAUGGUGACAUGACGGAAUACGGCCAAUACUACGAAGGCAACAGCGACUAAACAAUUGAAGCCUUCUCAUAUCUGUUACCUUCAAUGGCCAUAUUUCACAGCCAUACAGUAGAACAGAGUGGACUGCUGUGGAGUACACGCCACCCUUGAUAGACAAUCGGAGGUCGUGGCGGGGUCACAGGUGGCGUAAGUUGCCAACAGUCAACCAAGCCUUCUGUAUUCAUGCAGAGAUUUCUUCGGCUACUUAGGCAAGGAAACACAGUAUCUCUUUCCUAUAUACUCCUUGGAAAUUUUUAUCUUACUCUAAAUGCUAGGCAUCUGAUUACAUUGUUCAUACUUCAUCGACACUAAGCUGAAAAGGUUUGUACGCUAUACCCUAGACAAUAGUUAUGAUAGGUAGAUUAUCCUUUAGUCUUCCAGUGAGCGUUGAUAGACUACUGAAGGAUAUACAAAGACGCCGAACAUUAAACGUUCUAUUUACUACUCUACUUAAGCAUUGUGAUAGGAUAUCAUUUGGAGUGUGUCUCUUGAACUGUAGACGCAGAAGGAAGAAAGGCUUCUCCAUUCCUUAAUUCUCGUUUGGGAUCACCGUAAGCGGUGUUUGCUUUGAUGAACUUUUCGAGAUAUCUGUUUUCACUUAGAAUAUCACGGAUACAUAGUAUUGUUUUCCAAUUGAUCUUACUCUAAAUGUUAGACAUCUGAUUAUAUUGCGUUUUUACUUUCUCGGUACGAAGCUGAGAAAGGAUAUACACUAUGCCUUAAUAGUCGAUUUCCUACAUACUUUUUUCAUUAUGGAGCCAUCUCUUAUUAUUGUUAACACAUCAAGAAAUUGUAUCCAACUAUUGGUUUUAUUUUCAUGUGUAGAAUGAACUCAUAGAUAAACGCUGUUGAAGUGAUGUAGAAUAGAAUUAAGACAUAGGCACUUAUCAACGACUAUAAAGGUAAUAUUCAUUGUCCAACUGUCUCUCUAGUAAUAGUUAGCAAAUGUAAUCCACGGUUUCAAUUAGCAGGAGCGUAGUAAACAUGGAUGUAAAGUCAAAAGGGUUAAAUACAUUUUUUUGAAUAUGCUUAGAUCUUUUACUUUCCCGAGAAAGUGUUAAGUGUCGUUCAUAGAUAUCAGUUGAAUGGAGGGAAUCGGCAGGAAGCCAUGAACUCAUCAGUAACCUGGAUUCGAACCCACACCACACCAAAUGCUGCAAUCACAGAAGUUACCAGUGAGCUAUUCAGGUCGCGAUU